GCGGCGGCGGUGGGACUGGGACCGACUGGGACGGAGCCGGGCCGCCCUCAGAGUUUCCCGGUGCUCGGGGCCCGCGUGGAGGAAGAGAUGGACUGGUCCGGCCCGAACUCCCAGUGCAGGAAUCACAGUCAUGGCUCCCAUUGGUCUUCAGGAUUUGGCCAUCGAAAUAUCUCUGUACAGGAAAACAGAGAACCAGCAAAGGAAAAAGAAGCUUUGCCUCUUAUAGAGGACUCAAGUAACUGUGACAUUGUGAAAGCUACCCAAUAUGGGAUUUUUGAGCGCUGCAAGGAAUUGAUAGAAGCUGGAUAUGAUGUCAGACAACCAGACAAAGAAAAUGUGUCUCUUUUACACUGGGCUGCUAUAAACAACAGACUGGAUCUUGUAAAGUUUUAUAUUUCAAAAGGUGCUGUUGUAGAUCAGUUGGGUGGGGACUUAAAUUCAACACCACUUCACUGGGCCAUCAGACAAGGACAUUUACCUAUGGUAAUAUUGUUACUACAAUGUGGUGCAGAUCCCACUCUCAUUGAUGGAGAAGGAUUUAGUGGUAUCCACCUGGCAGUGUUAUUUCAACAUAUGUCUGUCAUAGCAUAUCUUAUCUCAAAGGGUCAGAGUAUAGACACAACAGACUUAAAUGGGCAAACACCACUCAUGCUAUCAGCUCACAAAGUACUUGGACCAGAACCCACUGGAUUUCUUUUGAAGUUUAAUCCUUCCAUCAAUGUAGUAGAUAAAGUUCACCAAAACACUCCACUCCAUUGGGCAAUUGCAGCAGGAAAUGUUAGUGCCGUUGACAAACUUUUACAAGCUGGUUCAAGUCUGGAUAUUAGAAAUAUCAAGGGAGAAACACCACUUGAUUUGGCUCAAAAAAACAGACAUCGGCUGAUUAUCCACAUGCUAACAGUAGAAGCUAAAAUAAGAGCAAACAAAAACUUAAGACUUUGCAGGUGGCUACAGAAAUGUGAGCUUUUCCUGCUGUUGGCACUUUCCACAAUUACGAUGUGGGCAAUAGGAUACAUAAUGGACCUCAAUUCAGAUUCAUGGCUUUUAAAAGGAAGUCUUCUUGUUGCAGUAUUUUUUGUUACAUCUUUAUUUCCAAGGUUCCUGGUGGGGCACAAGAACCUCAAGUAUUUGCCAGGCAUUAUUUUGCUGAGCUCCAUUUUUUGGAUAUCCCUGACGUGGUUCAUCUUAUUUUUGCCUGAUUUAACUGGCAUCCCUCUUCAGGUUUCUUUCUUUCUCAGUGUGAUUGGUCUCCUCUACUUUUUCUACAAAACCUGGGUCACCGAUCCUGGCUACUCCAAAAUUUCAGAAGAAGAAAGGAAAACGAAUAUCAUUGCCCUUGCAGAAGCUGGUUGCCUGGAUUUCAGAACAUUUUGCACAACUUGUCUUGUGAAGAAACCAUUAAGGUCCCUCCAUUGUCAUCUCUGUAAUUCCUGUGUGGCUCGGUAUGACCAGCACUGUCUAUGGACUGGACGCUGUAUAGGUUUUGGAAAUCAUCACUAUUAUAUAUUCUUCUUACUUUUCCUUGCCAUAGUCUGUGACUGGAUGUUAUAUGCAACUUUUCUCUAUUGGUCCAAUCAUUGCACAACAACGUACAGUCAAGAUGGAGCAUGGACCUACCUCAGUCAGAUUGUGUCCUGUUCUCCUUGGGUUCUAUACAUCUUCAUGCUGGUGUCUUUCCAUGUAUCAUGGUCUACUUUUUUGUUAUUAAAUCAGUUCUAUCAGAUUGCGGUUUUGGGCUUGACGUCACAUGAGAGAAUCACCCUAGUGAAGCAGAGCAAGCACAUGAAACAGAAUUUUUCACUCAGGAAGACGCCAUACAACCAUGGAUUCACUCAGAACCUUGCUGACUUCUUUCAGUGUGGAUGUUUUGGCUUGUUCAAGCCUAGUGCUGUGGAUUGGACUUCUCAAUACACUGUGGUAUUUCAUCCAGCCAAAGAGAAAGUUUUACGCUCUGUAUGAAGAAAAACAACACUAAAUUCUGAAUUAUAUAUCUGACUUUUUUUUGUUGGGCUGGGGCACAGAAACAAGUGAAAUUCAGAAGUUUAUCAAAGCUGAAGCUAACCCUCAAAUGAAAAUAUUUUUUCCUAGGUCUUCAUAUAUUAGACAAAAUGGGGGCCUUUCAGACAGCUAACUUUAUUGCACUUUGUAGUUUCAACAAGAUAAACUUUUCCUGAAUUAUCUCAGCAAGUUACUUAAACUCUUUUGAUACUUUUUUCACCAGAGAAAUGCCACUGUUAAUUUUUUUUUUUAAUUUUGAAGAUUAUAUUCAUUGAUUGUGGAUAAAAUAUAUUAUAUUUUCACAUUGUAUUGGCUAUUUUGAAAUAGUUUUAUUCUUAAAACUAGUCAUUUUUGGUAAAUUAUUUUUCUUUAUAUUGCAUCUAUAAAUCUGUAUAAAAAUAUUUGAAUGGAUAUAUCUGUUUUGCUUUCACACUUAAUAAAUUGGGUCUUUUAUACAGAUAGGUUCAUUCAGUGAUUCUCCCAGCACCUCUAGAAUUUUAUUUGAAAAAGGCAUACAUAUUUUAAAGAAACAAGUUAGAUUCACAAUCCUAGAGGUAAACCAAAGAUUUCAUGCUAGGCAGACUCACAGGAUUCAUUUCAGUUGCCUGUUAGAAAAUACAAAUAGAAACACGAGACAACCAUUGAAUAUAGUUAACAUGGAAAUAUAGAUUUGAAGCUAAAAGGAACUUUUGAGAUCAACUCAUUUUCCCUUUCAUUUACACAUGAUCAGCCACAGACUCAAGGUAAAUAGUUACUUGACCAAAGUCUCACAAAUAAUAAGGAGCUGGAAGUUGAAUCCAGGACCUUUGACCUCAUGUGCAUUCUUUUCUUUCUGCCUUGCUGUAAAAUCAGUCAGAUUCUAAGUCCCAGUUUCCCUUUUUGUGUAAGAAAACAUUUGAGGUUAGGCAAAAUGCAUCUUCCUUUUAAAGGAAAAUCUUUGUGGCUCCAUAGAAAUAUGACUAGGCCUGGUCGUUCACUUUACAAAGGAAUUUUUCAUGACAAGAUAUAUCAGAGGGUACCUUUCAAUACCAGAGUUCUAAGAACAUUUACCCAAAACUUCAGGAAUACAUCUGUUGCAAAAAAGUAAGUCUUGUUUGUAUACUGAAUUGAAAACUUAACACGAUUUCUGGGCUUGUUAUUGGUCUGUGUUGAAAGUGUUUAAUGAAAGAAAGGGGCUCUUAUGAAUCCUUGCUAAUUCUACCCUUGGAAGGAACUUUGGAGGUCAUGUAGUAUGUUGUUCCUCUGCUCAUUUUACAGUUGAGAAAACUGAGACACAGCCCACUGGAGUGACUUGCCCAACACCCCCCAGGUUGUAAGUGGCCAUGCAAGAGUCAAGCUCCACACCCUAGAUGCCAAAUUCAGCACUCCAUACUUUGCAUUCUUUUGGCUGGGUAAGAACCAGCUCAUAGCAUCAGAUUUACCCAGUUAAUCCCGGCAAAAGUGGAGAGGUACAAUUUCCACAGUCCUUUCUCUUUGGGCUUGGGGAAUCUAAGGCAAUAACAAAUGGGAUAGAACCAGCCAUCAUUUCAAAAUAAGGUGUUGCUGUUUUCUUUCAGAAUUCCCAGCAGUAUUUUAACUGCCUUUAAGAAUAACUUUAAAAUGUUAAACUUAAUUAAAGAAGGAGAAAGCAUAUGUACAACACUAAAUUAAUUUGGUUGAUUUAUUUUUA